AUGGUGGUGAGCCGAGACCUGUCCUUUCUCGAGGCCAACCGCGCGGCCCCAUCGCUCAAGGAGAAGCCUGAUGGCAUGGAAUUGGGUUGCGAGAGCAUGCGAGUCAUUCCCGAACUCUUUGUUGGCAUCGAUUCUCGCGACAGUCGCCAGGCAGGCGUUGAAAAGCCCGGCGAGACCGACGACCCCGAUGGCCGGACUUUCAGGCUCCAUUUUGUGCGGUUUGUGAGAACCACCGUGUCUGCUGAUGAUCAACAUCAGAUACGGAAGAUCCUAUCAUCGCACAACUUGUUUGGCAAGUGUGCCCUGUGA